AUGUUUUCCCUGCAAGCUGAAGCCACCGCCCAGGCGGCCGCCACAAAGAGUCGUUACAGAGGAGUAAGAAAAAGGUCUGAGGUACGAUAUGCUGCCGAGAUUAGAGACCCGUCCAAGAAACGCCGCAUAUGGCUGGGCACUUUCAAUUCUGAUAUUCAGGCGGCCCAUGCAUAUGACCAGGCCGCCCGAACCAUAAAAGGCUGCAAGGCCAAAACCAAUUUCCCACUUUCCGCUUACCAAAUUCCUAAGCCCGUCAAGAGGAGCGCCGCUUACAAAACUCCUGAACCGCUUAAAGAAAUCCAUGUUCCGUCAUGGAUUAACACCAGCAUGGUUGCCAUAGCCGACAGUCGGCCUCCUGCAUUGACCCAUGCCUAUCUUACUAAAUCCUUCAAUGUGGGCACUUCUCCUUCACCUUCUCUUUUGCAGGCCAUGUUUCCACCGGAGCUUCAGAGGCAACAGCGAUUGGCGGCGCUUAAGAUGUCAAAUCAGCCCGGACGCAAUGAGACUGAAGGUGAUGGAGGAGUUGGAGGAAUCCAUGAGGGCUGUAAAGUGAGCUGCAGUCCAUGCAAUUGUAGCGAUCCGUCUUCCUCCGCCGUCAUUGAAAGCAGAGAUUCUCCAACAAUGGGUGGCUUGGAUUUGAACCUUCCUGCGCCGGUUGAAGAAGAUGAAUGUGAUCAUUCUCGCAAAACACUCUUGCUGUUCAAAUAA